AUGUUGUAUUGUCUCUACACAGACGAUGAACACAACAGUCGUCACAACCUGAUUGUGGAGCUUAUGGAAAUGCACAACAAGGAAGUCAUCCCCAAGACGCCCGUGAAUGUCUCCUAUAGCCUGUCACUUUUCUCGAUCGACGGUGUGGACGAGAAGGACAAUAUCCUCCGAAUUUCGGCUUUCGCAACUUUGUAUUUCACCUGUUUAUUUAGGGUUGUGGAGGCAGAUGUCCCUUUGGUGGCGCAUUUCGAUGGGACUAUCAGUUACUUCCUUCCACUGCAAAUAGCCAUACCGUGCCCUUUUAACUUCAAGGACUUUCCGUUCGAUGUCCACACCUGCGACCUUCGACUGGAAUCCUGGAGCCAUCCCGGUUCCGCGAUCAAUCUGACUAUCCUAGAAGAUGCAGUAUCUACCUUAUUCUACCAUCGUGAAAACAGCCAGUGGGAGGUCCAGUCCUUCAAAGUGAAUAGGACAGUGGUUGAGUAUGAGGAUUACACCACCACGCAGUUCAUCACUCUGUCGUACCGCAUCCAAAUCAAACGCACAGUGAAGGAGUACACGGUCCGCUUUGUGGCGCCCUCUGUCAUCACAUCGCUUCUGAUCCUGCUGUGUUUUCUCAUCCCUCCACUCUCUGGUGGGAGGAUGGUUCUCUGCUCCGUCGUCAUCCUCGGCCUCUUGCUUCAACUCUUCCACCUCAACCAGACCGUGCCCAUCCACGGCUCCGACGCCCCCUUCAUGGCUCAAUUUCUCACUUUCAGCGUGUUUCUGGCCGUCUUUGCAGCCGUUGAGAGUGUGGUGUCAAUGAAUCUCUCCAGUUGGGGAACCUUGAGUGGGAGUGGCAACAACAACAGUAACGCCCCCAAAGACGGGGAGGAGCUUGUGGCGCAACCCAAGCCAAAUUUGUUCCUGAUGCAACUCGCUCGAAUCAUCGACUUGGUCUGCUUCGUCGUCUUCACCGUCAUCUUUGCUAUCGGUGGGGGCAUCAUACUCAAUCCUUAAACGGAGUAGAGAGGAAUGCGUGACACUUCAAACAGCACACAACCGGCACAUUGUAAAUUAAACCUUGAAAUCGGGGACAUUAAUGUUCUCGAUCUGUCGUGAUUAUAGGAAUAGUAUCAAAAAUGCUUCCCCAAUGCCAUACAGUUGCAUAUCACUGAGACACUCUGCAUUGUUGCUCAUCUAAACCCUUCUAUACAGGGUGAGUAAAAAAAAAUGA